GGGAGAUAUCGCCAAGAUGUCGAAGAUCACGGUUGCCAACGUCCGUACGCAGAUCGGCGAGCUCCUCGAGUACUCGACCGAGACCAAGAAGCGCAACUUCCUCGAGUCCGUCGAGCUCCAGAUCGGUCUCAAGAACUAUGACCCUCAGCGUGACAAGCGUUUCUCCGGCACCGUCCGCCUGCCCGUGGUCCCCCGCCCCGGCAUGACCCUGUGCAUUCUCGGUGACCAGCACGACAUUGAUCGUGCCAAGCACGGUGGCAUUGACGCCAUGUCCGCCGACGAUCUGAAGAAGCUGAACAAGAACAAGAAGCUCAUCAAGAAGCUCGCGCGCAAGUACGAUGCUUUCGUCGCUUCCGACUCUCUGAUCAAGCAGAUCCCCCGUCUUCUCGGCCCCGGUCUGUCCAAGGCUGGCAAGUUCCCCACCCCCGUCUCGCACGCCGACAACCUGUCCGACAAGAUCACCGAGGUCAAGUCGACCAUCAAGUUCCAGCUGAAGAAGGUUCUCUGCAUGGGUGUCGCCGUCGGCAACGUCGGCAUGACCGAGGAGCAGCUCGUCGCCAACAUCAUGCUGGCCAUCAACUACCUCGUCUCCCUGCUGAAGAAGGGCUGGCAGAACGUUGGAAGCCUUACCAUCAAGGCUUCCAUGUCUCCCCCCAAGCGCCUGUACUAAGCGCAUUCUCGACCGGACGGUCCCAGAGUUAGUACUAGGUUAAAACUUGGGAAGGCCGAGAAGGACGGUCCGGAGACGGGAUGCUCUGAGGGUCAGAAGCUCUGCAUGUGGGAAGGGUGCUCAUCAAUACCAAAUCAUUUCCAC